AUGAAAACUGUACUGUUGGAUGCUGAGGAGAAGCAAGUCGAUAAUCAUCAAGUGCAAGUGUGGCUGAUAAAGCUUAAAGAUGCUCUCUAUGAUGCUGAGGAUGUGCUUGAUGAUUUUGAAUCUGAAACUCAUAGAAGGCGAGUGCUUAAAUUGUAUGGAACCACCAUUAAAAAGACAUACUUGCUCAUUUUAGAUGAUGUUUGGAAUGAUAAUCCUAUGAAAUGGGAUCCAUCUAAAGAGCUUUUUUGUACAGGUGCCAAUGGAAGCAAAAUCAUGGUUACUACACGUAGUAAGAAAGUAGCCUCCAUUAUGGGCACUAUUUCAACACCGCAUGAAUUAUCAGGCCUUCCUUAUGAUGAGUGUGCGGCUUUGUUUACUAAAAGUGCAUUUAAAGAAGGCCAAGAGAAGCACUAUCCAAACUUGUUAAGAAUUGGGAAUGAAAUAGUAAAAAAAUGCAAAGGCAUUCCAUUAGUAGUGAAAACACUAGCAUCACUUCUUUUAACAAAUACAGAUGAAAGUUAUUGGAAAUCUAUAAGAGAUAACGAGUUGUGA